AUGGAGAAGCUAACAACCAAAAUCUUGUAUUUUAAUAUUCUCAUUGUUCUUGUUUUACUUUCGGUUCCAUUCCAAGCAACAUCUCAAGAAGUAGAGGAUGAGAGAGGGUUUAGUUAUGAUGAAGGCAGCGAAAAUGGACCGGAACACUGGGGAGAGAUUUCUUCAGAAUGGAGUAUGUGUAGUAAUGGAGAAAUGCAGUCUCCAAUUGAUCUGUUGAAUGAGAGGGUUCAAAUAGUUUCCUACUUAAGACGACUUAAGAGGGACUAUAAGCCUUCUAAUGCCACUCUUAUCAAUAGAGGCCAUGAUAUGAUGUUGAAAUGGAAGGAUGCAGGACAUAUGCAAAUCAAUGAAACAAAGUAUGAACUCAAAGAGUGUCACUGGCACUCACCUUCUGAGCACACUAUUGAUGGCAAGAGAUUUGAUCUAGAGCUUCACCUGGUUCAUGAGAGCAAGAGCAAAAAGAUUGCUGUGGUUGGAAUCAUGUACAAAUUCGGACGACCUGAUUCUUUCUUGUUGAAGAUGAAGGAUCACUUAGAAGCCAUGGCAAACUCCAAUGAAUUAGAGAGAGUGGUGGGUAAAGUUGACCCAAAGCAAAUUAAGAUAGGGAGUAGAAAGUAUUACAGGUACAUUGGCUCUCUUACAGCUCCUCCUUGCACUGAAAAUGUUGUUUGGACCAUUGUGAGAAAGGUAAGAACUGUUACAAGAGAACAAGUGAGACUACUUCGCGACGCUGUUCAUGAUGGCUCCGGAGCUAAUAUAAGGCCAAUACAACCAACAAACGCGCGCUCAGUGCAACUUUAUAGACCAAUAAUUUCGUGA